GUUUUCUGACGAGAAGUGCAGAUCACUUUUGCCUGAGCGUUACUUCUAGACCUCAAACAACGUCUAACCAUUGUUACAUCGAGGUUACAACUCAUUUUCUGAAUUAAAGCAAUUCAUAAAAUCAGUCACGAGAGGGCAGUAUGAGUUGUAGGUGCAGGACAGGACUCACACAACAUACAGAAAGUCGUGAGUGAAAAUCAUCCUCAAGAAUUUUGAUAUAUAAUUGUGUCACAGUGUAGGUUGAAGAUGGCAUUUUUACAUCCAAAUAAUCAAUUAUAUUAGUUAUAUCGGGUUUCCAACCAGCAUUUAAAAAAAGAAAACUGAUACUGUCCAAAAUCCUGAUAUUUGCAUGACCAGAUUAAACAUCUGGGAGGGAAAAAUUAGCUGCUGUGCCCCUAUUUACCCCCCAGUCCUUGCAGUCUCUGUGCAUUGUUUACAGCUUUUCUAUGGUAGGCUACUCACUGCACCUUAACGCAAAAAUAGCUGAUGUCAUAUUACUCCGCAUGGAAAACCACAAGUGGAAAACAAGUUAUUUCUGUGUUGUUUUGUUGGGUUGAGGGAUAACCGCUCAGAAAGAAAACAGUCCUGACGCCAUUUCCCUGAAUUAUGGAAAUACUUUCAGAAACAUAAAGAAAAUAAAUAUGAUCCCCAUAGAGAAAUUGUGCAGGUUUGGCCAGUUAAUCAAACUGUUGCAAUCAUAAAUCGAUGUAUGAAUGAUAUAAAGCAUUUUCUAAUCUGCCAAUAAAGCCAGAAUAAAUUAUACAUUUAUCUCAAAGUGUUUCAAACCAGGAAGUGAGUUGCCUGAAUAUCAAAUAUUCAAACCAGGCAACACAGUUCCCAUGGAACUUGCUACACAUGCCCUCAGGGAUGCCUGUGUGUUAUUUUAUGGUUUCUGAACAAGUCUUACAGCUCAUUAUCAAGGUCCCUAACAAUCCUCUCAGUACUAUUUAGGACAGUUUCCUCUAAAAUUGGUAAGACAUCAACUUUGGAAUUUACAACAACACUGUAUUUGUACACUUUUGUCACUUACAGGAUUUCAGAGCAUCUUUUCCGCAUUUAAAAUAAAUUAUUAAUUUGUUACAUAACCAGUAGAACAUUUUGUUCAUUUCAGCUAUUUCCAUUACAGUAUAUUCAUAUAGGCCUAUAUGUACGUGUCACAGGCUAGGAUGCAUGGAUGAAACAAAUGUGAGUGUGGUCACUUUAUUCCUCUCUCUCUCUCUGCUUCUUCUUAUUUUAUAACCAAAUUUUUCUCAUGGUUUUCCUCUCCGAGGGGAGGGGGCAGAGAAAGGCGAGGUUCUGUUGUCAUAUCUGUCAGUCUAGCCAGCCUGGCCCCUCCCACCUCAGCGGAGGCAUUACAUACUGCUGGUGCUCCUGCUCUUAGCAACGGUGCCUCAGCAACAGAGCCACGGCAACAGAGCUCCACGGCAACAGCGUGCCGUGUCUCCCCAAUGGAGCUGCCGUUGGGCGGACCAGUGCUCAGGCACUACACCCAGAGCAGACCGAGACCUCACCGACAAAAACUGAACUAUCGUCCCAGCAGACUGCAGGAGACCAUAAUUGAGAGUGACAAUGAAGUCCUUGAGCUCAUGGGUAGGGUGGAUGAAGGAGUUGAAGAGUUCUUUACUAAGAGAGUACUUCCUACUGAUACACUGAAAAAGCAAGAUGAGGAAUCUAUCACAGUGCACGAAGUGGCUCCUGCCAGCUCUGUCCCUUGUCCACCCCCGACGAAAACACUCAGGAGGAAGCUUGGUGAUUUCUUUACACUCAAAAAGAGACGAGGUCUGAAAUCAGAAACAAGCCACGAGGGGCGUCCCAAAAAGGCCUCCAUCGCUGAUCUCAUCCGCCCGCUCAGGGAGGUCGCCAGAGCAGAGAAAGAAAAAGAUAAGGACCGAGUCAAGGAACACGAUAAGGAAAAUGAAAAGGAGAAAGCAAAAGAGCAUCCCAGCGCGGUUACUGGAGAGUCAGCUGUUCAGGAGACACCUGUUUCUGGUGCUCCGCCGCUGAGGGGUGAAGCGGUGCCUCCCCGCCGAGCUCUCAGAGAGGGGAAGUCCCAGUCUCUCAUUUUGCUGUCUGGAUCAGCAGCAGCAGGGACCACUAAUGCCAGAAACACUGCAAAGAAACAAUUUGAAGGCCAACAUAGCUUUGAACAGAAACUCCAUCUCAUGCUUCAACGUAUUGGAGUUUCCAAAGCCCAGCCUGGAGAGACACAGAAUCAGGAGGGAGAGAUGAAAAAAGCUGAAUCUGAAGGUACUAUCAUUGACAGUAAACCUGAGCCACCACCUACUUUCACAAAACCUCGAACGAUGUCAGCGUCAUCAGAUACAAGGCAUCAAAUUCGCCCAAGUGUGUCAGCACAUGAGUCAGCUGGGAAACCUGCAUUGCUUCCAAAGCCAGUUAUCAAGCCAGGUCCACCGCCCACAACAUCUGGCCGCAACACACCUGAGAAUGAGCUAGCCCAAAUACAAGAAGGGGAGACGCCCACUAAACUGAGUCCAACUGCAGCUCCGUCUGUCCCUGCUGCUCCUGCCCUCACUGCUACCACCACUCCUACUGUACCGACAAUCUCAAACUCAGUCCCUGACUCAACCAAUUUUAUGAUUUCCCCUUCAAGUACUGUACCGCCCUCUGACACAGAUAUAUGCACUGACUCUGUUAACCCUACUGCAGCAGCUACAUCACCCACAAAUGUUACAGAGCUCAACAGCAAACCCUCUAUCCCUGAAACUAAUGCUACUACCACUGAACUACCCACCGCUACCUUUCCCACAACUCUUACAAGCAUCACUACACCCACAGAGCCCCCUGCCAUUGUCUCAGUUACUUCCUCUUCCUCUGAAUCCAUUACUCAAAGCCUCUCUGUCACUUUCAACUCAACAACAAUAACUACACCUUCCAUUACCACCUCAGAAACUGUUUCUGCUCCUAACAACGAAAGCCUGGUUUCCACAGCAUCAACAAAUCUGUCAACUAAAUCGGCUUUCCCAGAGCCAAAUGGUAUUCUCUCAGUUGAUGCUGCUCCUGUUGCUGGUGGUGGUGGUGACGCAGCAGCUAUUUCUGCCAUCACCACAGCUUCUUUUUCACCCUCCACCAGCACAUCAGACAUGCCAUCAGGCUUGUCUACUACCACCAAUUCAGUUACUGAAGCUAGUGAUGAUUCCACUUCAGUCACCUCCGCUUGCUCUGUAACUUCAGUUUCAUCAGUCACUAAAACAACAUCCCCACCUCCUAACUCAAGUGAUAUCAUUACAACUCCAGUUUCACCUGACGCCCCCAUUACCACUUUGUCCUCUUCUGCCCUCCCUCCCAUCAGCUCCACCUCUUCCACCACCUCCACCACCACCACCACCACCACUACAAGCCCAACAUCCACCGACUGCAUGAACUCUAUCUCUUCUUCCACCAUUACUCACCCAGGCACCUCUAGCUCUGCGGAUAUCUCUGCUCCCUCCACUUCUUCCAGUGAAACAAACCCUACAGACACCACUACCACCGCCACCAGUUUAAACCAUGCAGCUACCACUUCCACCACCAGUUCAGCAACGACAGCUGCAAUUAGCUCCCCGCUCCUGACCGACUCAGACCCACCUUACACUAACAAUGACGACACUAGCCUCACACCAACUAUCUCUGGCCUCCCCGCUACCGAUAACUCAAGUGCUACUUCUCACCAUUUGACCAGUCCAGCACCCUCUAAUGAUAGUCCAGGCCAAGAUAACGAUUUACAGACAUCUCCUGAAGAAAGAUCCAGUGUAGAGCCCGCAGAAAAAGGCACACCAGAUGAGAAGUUUGAGAUGGUUCAAAAAAGCAAGCAAACUGUGAUGAAUGAGAGCAAGAAAGAUGUCGACGGUGGGAAGGAGAGCGAGAGUGAAAACGAGAAACCAGCUCUGGUCAACAGCGAAGUGAUAAAGGAAGAACGUGUGAAACCUGAAGAAGACACAGUGAAAACAGAAGUGGGCAUGGCUGAACCUGCAUCAGGGAAAGAUGGUGGGCUGCAUGGCGAUGAGGGGGUGAUAGAAGGUCAAAAACAAGACGAAACCAAGUCAGUGGGUGAAAAGUAAUUCAGAAAUAAAGAAAUAGCUAAAUACGGGACCAACUACUGUGACAGGGGCAGGAGAGACCACAGUAAAGGGUAAAGGGGGGCGGGGGGAGACGAUCCAUGGCACUGCCUACAGGGACCACCACAUUACAGCAGCACACCACAAAGGGUGGGCCACUGGACCAAAGAACUGAGAUCCCCAUGGUGUGAUGUAAUCAAUAAAUCCAGCAGUGUCUUUGUCCUUUUUUAACUUUUGUUUGAAUUUUUGCAUUGCACGUAUAAUUAUGUACCAUAAGACGACUAUUGUGGUAAAAUACACCAUGUUUACAAUAGAUGGAUAAGAGACAUAGUUAUGACUAUUAAAUGGAAUAUUGAAUUGA